AUCCGUGAAUUCUAAUAUUUACCACCAUGGACAAGACCAUGGACAUGAUUGAAGACUACCUCGACUCCCUCGAGGAGAUCUUGUUCUCGUCACUGUCGGCUGCAACACCUGAUAUUCCAAGGAUACGUGACAGCUUCAACCAGCUCUGGACCGACGUUAGUCGAUACGGGCCUGGUAUCCCUAAACACAUCCCGGGCCUAGGCGACUUUGAGGUGCCGCCUCCUCCUCCCCCGCCUCCCCCGCCUGCGACCUGGGUGGAGAAUACGACGGACUGGAUCGAGCGGAAUCCGUGGACAACAGGGGGGAUUGCCGUUGGUAUCAUCAGCACCGGGCUCUUGGUCGGAUAUGGUGGAGUCUACAUGCGCACGGUCCGUGCACGCAGACUGAAGGCCCUUGCGACUGAGAAGCGCCAAGUCGUCGUGGUCCUCGGCGGCGAUACUCCAUUCGGCCUACCACUCAUCAGCGACCUCGAACAGAAAGGAUACAUUGUCAUUGCUAGCGUCUCUACCCCAGAAGCGGCGGAUCUGCUGGAACGACAGAGCCAUGGUUUCGUUCGAGCCUUGGUGCUGGAUCCUACUGAGCCCAGCACAAUACCGGUGUUCCUGCGUUCAUUAUCCUCGACCCUGUCCCGACGUUUCCCAUUGAAUGCACCAGGAGAUCCUUUCACCUCUCCUGCGUCGCAUCCAUACAUCCAUGCUGUCGUCUCGUUGCUCUCGCUAGCCGGCCCGGCGCUCCACGCUCCCUUUGAGCACAUCUCUCUCCAGUCCGACUACCUUCCUUACCUCACAUCUACUCAGAUUACUCCACUACAGGUCAUCCAGUCUUUACUGCCCCUCCUCCGGAAUGUCCCCUCGAAAGGCAAGAAACCCAUCGUCAUCUGCCUUCCUGCGACAGACGCGCGCGUUGGGCUUCCCUUCUCAUCCUUGCAGAGUAUGAGCGCUGCCAGCACCCUUCGUGCCGUUGAAGUUCUUCGUCGUGAGAUACAAGUUGCUGCCCUCACUGGAAAAACUGAGGCCAUGCGAAACAUCAGUGUCGUCGUUGCAGAUGUUGGAUCGUUCAAUGUCGGUGUGCCCAUGCACUUCUUACCACCGGAGGACGUCUACAAAACUAUGGAGGACUGGAGUGUUUCCGAGAAGAUCACAUAUGGUCCCGGUUUUGCUGCGAUGGCCCAGCAAUCCAUCACGACCAAGUCCAAGUGGGACACAUUUACAGGGUAUUUCCAGAACGACGUUCGAUAUGGAGUAGCCCGAAAGCCAACGGAUGUUAAAAUCUUUGUGGAUAACAUUGUCGACGUCGUAACCAAUGGACAAUUUGGUUGGUCCUUUCUGGGCUUCAAUCUAUGUUUCGGGGUCAUAAAAAAUUGGCUUCGUGGAGAACGGUUUUCAGUAGGGGCUGGUGCACACACGUACAAACUAGCUUCCGUUCUUCCAUCUCUGAUUCUCGAUACUCUAUUGAAUAUCCCGUACUUCCUUAUUUCCGUGCGCAAUGCACUCCUUCCUGCUCAGCCAUUCAUCCGUACCCCUCCUACUAUGGAUGCUUUCGUUGAGCCACAGUCCGAGCCGCAUGUCCCCGCUCUGUCCCAGACCGAGGGUGAAGACGACAACGAAAGCGGAUCUGAGGCCGAUGUGGAGAGCAACUCAGGUGAAGGGUCGACGGCAAGCUGGGUGAGGCUGAAAAAGUCUGUCAGCGAAGAGGCCAAUGCUUGAAUUCAUUUUUUAAAGUUGGAGACGACGAGCCGAUGAUAUGUUUGAGGAAUUUUGAUCCUAACUCUACUACCGCAGGAGUGCUACGUGUCAGUACCAAUGGUGUAAAGAGAUGUACUGUAUUCACGGAUGUAGGAUUGUUUGUUUGUUGUAACCUGCCUUUUGUACCUCUCUCAUCGUGAUAAUCGAGGAAAUGCAAAAUAUAUAAUAUAUAUUAUUUAUCAUACAAUCCAGAAUCUAGGCCCCAUAAGCUACUAGGUUCUUUCGAUUAUUCUCCUCGCUGUACUCGAUUCUGACGAGCAA